AUGAUGAUGCAUGAUGAUCAUGAUGAUGAUGAUGAUUCGGAUGAUGAUGAUGAUGAUGAUGAUGAUGAUGCUGAUGAUGAUUCGGAUGAUGAUGAUGAUUCGGAUGUUGAUGAUGAUGAUGAUGAUGAUGAUGAUGAUGAUGAUGAUGAUUCGGAUGAUGAUGAUGAUGAUGACGAUGAUGAUGAUGAUGAGGAUGAUGAUGAUGAUUCGGAUGAUGAUGAUGAUUCGGAUGAUGAUGAUGAUGAUGAUUCGGAUGAUGAUGAUGAUGAUGAUGAUGAUGAUGAUGAUGAUGAUGAUUAUGAUGAUGAUGAUGAUGAUGAUGAUGAUGAUGAUGAUGAUGAUGAUGAUGAUGAUGAUGUAUGA